AUGCAAGAUAAAAAUAUUACCGACAAAAAUGAAAAUUACAUAUUCGACGUUCCCUUGGAUUUCCAGCCAAACGAAAAUGGCCUGGGACGAUUGUUUUUUAGAAAUAUGAGGAGAUAUGAACAUUCUAUAGCACAGUACAUCGUGGAGACUGGUGAAGAAGAAACCUACGGAACAGUUUUGAAACGAAGCAUUCGAACAGCAAGUCACAUUCAAUCCAGAAAUUUAGCUAAAGGAGACAUUAUAGUAAUAUGCUCGUACAAUCAAAAAUACGCAGUUGUCCCUUUUAUAGCCAGCAUAUUCCUCGCAAUUCCUGUGGCUUCAUUAGAUCCCGCUCUAUCGCUUCUAGACAUAUCACACUUGAUGAAAGAGGUCAGACCGAAGAUGCUCUUCAUUGUACCAGAAGUUGUCGAAUUGAUCGAAGACUCUUUGCAGGAGGCCGGAGUCGAAGCGGAAAUUGUGAUAUUUGGAAAAACUGAAAAGCACACGGAAUUCUCGACUUUCCUGGAACCACUGGAAGACGAGGAAGAUUUCACACCUAGACCAAUCGAUACAUUGAGUGACACAGCGGUUAUUCUCUUCAGUAGCGGCACCACAGGAUUGCCUAAAGGCAUAAUGAUCAGCCAUCGAAGUUUGCUUAUCCAAAGUCACAUUCUACUGAAAUCCAACAAUUUAGGCGCAGUAACUUUAUCAUACGCCACUCUGUACUGGAUAUCUUCUAUUGUAUUUUUGGUGGGUAUUCUGCAAUCGGGCGGAGCGAAGGUCAUACACGCCAAGUUCGACCCCAUUAAAAUUUGGCACCUAAUCGAGCAAUACAGGGUUUCAACCCUGUUUCUAGCCCCUUCAAUGGCUAUUUCGAUGAUCAAAGCUGGUCGACCAGACAACAUCAACACCACGAGUCUCUGGUGCUUUCUGAUCGGGGGCGCAUCCAUUCAACAGAAAUAUUUAUUGGAUUUAAGAGAGAACCUCCCCGGCACUUUCGUGUUUCAAGGAUACGGCCAAACGGAGGUGGCCGGAAUAUUGAGUUUCUUCAACACCAGCAAAGUCAAGGAGACUUUAUUCCUACACUACAAACCGAAAUCUGUUGGCUUGAUCGUACCAGGCACUAAAUAUAGAGUAGUGGAAUUAGAAACAGGACGAAAUUGCGGUCCAAACCAACAAGGCGAGCUGAGAGUCAAAUCCAACUCCCUAAUGAACGGUUACUACAACAAAGAUUCCUCGGAAACUUACGAUGAGGACGGGUGGUUACGAACCGGCGACAUAGUUUAUUACGACGAGGAUAUGUGCUUCUACAUAGUGGACAGGAUUAAAGAAUUGUUAAAGUUCAGAUCAUUUCACGUUCCACCAGCGAUGUUGGAGCAGAUUAUAUCUGCGCACCCGGCAGUAGCCCAAGUGGUAGUGAUCGGUGUACCUGACGAAGAAGAUGGCGAUCAUCCGAUGGCUUUAAUAAUUCUAAACGAGCAAUCUAACGGUAACGUUGGAGAAAAUGAAAUUAGAGAUUACGUAGAAGAAAGAGUUCCGGAUAGGUUGCGAUUGAGAGGCGGUGUGAAAUUUCUGAACUCGUUUCCUUUGACUCCGUCGGGGAAGAUCAGCAGGAAGGAUUUGAGGAAUUUGGUUAUGAAGGGAGAGAUUUAA